UGUGCAAAUGAACCUGCAAGUGACCCUCGCGUCGAACUUCAUCGGAAUUCAGGCUCAUCAAUUGAAUAUUUUUAUAUUGUUAUCAAUUCCGAGGAAAAUUGAGCUUCAUCGCAUGAUGGGAGGCUGCCUUUAAAAGAGCUACUAGUGCGGCCUCAAAUAUCAGUUUACUCCAAGUCUCCACGAGGAAGCAAAGUCAAAAAUGUCCCGUUUAAUCCACCUAAGCUGCGUUUUGGCUCUUCUAGUGUGCCUCGCAGGCACCAUCAGUGCUGGUCCGAUAGACGAUGAUCGUGCCCGCCUGAACCAGCUCCUGAGGAAUGCAGAACCUGCGGAUGAUGCCCAGCUGCUGGCGAAUAUCCAAACGGCUAUUGCGCUGUACAAGGAAUGUGUUCAUUGCGCAGCAGAUGAACAUCAGGUGGACGACGAUUUAGAUCGGGAAGUCAAGAAAUUUGAAGAUGAAAACAGGACGGUGGAGGGUUUGCCUGCUCAGGGGGGAUUUUGGUCAUGCAUUAGUGCGGCGGCAGAUAGUGUACCCGAUGAAGUCAAGGAUCAGGCUAAGGAACUUGCAAAAACAUCUGCCAAAGCUCUGUUCAGCAAACUAGUCGAUUACCUUAAGAAAAUGCUAAACUAAUGUAGUGGCAGUGUCAAUUUCUAAGAAUUACAAGAAAUUAUUUU